CAUUGUUACCCAGCAAACCACGCCUAACUCCGCGGGUCGUGCUGAUAAGCAUGAGAAUUGUAGAACAAUCAUUUACAUCAAUUUCGUCAUAAUUUGCAAUACGUCACUACAGCUGUUUGAAUAUAAAAUUAUGAGUUUACUGAGACUACGGCAGUAUUUUACGUCGCCGGCGCUGUGCGGACGUUGCAAGUGAUGAUACAAGUCAUCAUACCUACAAAUAAGCUUGAUUUUUUUCUAGUUAUUUGGACAUUCGACUUGAAGGUUAGAGACCUUGAAUUUGUGAUUGAAAAAAAAACGAAUUUGUUCAGUCACGAUGUUGAAUAGUGCUUCUAAAGUGACGAUUAACACUGGGAACGUACUCAACUUGAUCGAUAUCAAGAAAAAGGCUGGACAAAAUGUCACAGAGGAGUUAUCAGAAAGCAUCAAGCUUACCCUAACUGAGUGGAGCACUCAAAACGUCUUACCCGUGCAAAAUGGAAUUGCCGUAGAUCAUCCGCAAACUUCCUUUCAACACUCAGACUAUAUGGUCGUGUCAACGUCGACCGCGCCCCAGGAGACUGUCAUCAGUAUCACCAGACCCCACGAUGAUGUGCAGAACAAGAUGGCGGAAGAAGAACGUAAAAACCUCAAGAUCGGCGUCAAGAUCUUUAUUAACGAGGAUAGCACCGCUGCCCUCACCGAGUGCCUUGAAAACGUCUUCACAGCGCUCCAUACGGAGUAUAUAGACAACGUGAUUCUCGCAUACAACCCUGAUGUACUCCACCGGCUUGAAGAAAUAGCUGACGAAACCACUCUGAAGACCUCUUAUACCACAAAAGCUUCGCCUAUCUCGCUUGGCAGUAAUAUUGCUCGUAUGUCGAGCACCGAAGUAGACGCCGACAACGAGGCAGACGCGCGCAAGUGCGAGGCCAUACUGCCUGGUAUUAAGGUCCUAUGGGCCAUACUAGAAGACUACGUCAAAGAAGGUCGCGUACACCAACUCGGCGUAGCAGACGUAGGCGGUGGGUGCCUCCGUAAACUCCACGCUUGGGCACGGGUCCGCCCGGCCAUAGCGCAAAUCAAUCUCGCCUCGUGCUGUGUCGUUCCACCUUCGUUGCACGCGUUCUGUCGAGCCAAUGAAGUCCAAUUACUGACUCAUGGCGACCCUCCCGAUCUCCUGUCAAUAGCGGCAGUAAAAACCUUGUCUGAUGCGGGUGUGGGUUGCAACAAUUUGGAAUGGUGCGCUCGAUAUCAGGUCCACAUCAAAUGCCGCGGAGUCCUCGCGCUCAAGGGAUAUGUCUGUAAGGCCACGUUAGGUGAAAAACGGGAGACUAUAGCUGCAAUGCCUAUCACUACGAAUUAGUUAUUAAAUGUAGACAGAGACGUAUUUAGGCGGAAUGGGGACCGCUCUAUAGUAAAAAAUACCCAUUUCACAGUUUUAAUCUUAACUUGUCAAACUUUAUAAGCGAUAUCUUAAGGGCGUUUCGCUGAGGUGUCCAGGUUGUCUCAGGAUAGAAUGGUUGUUUCAAUAAAUUAUAUUAUCAAUUCAGCUUGACACUUCAACUACGACAAUAUAGUAUUAACAUUGAAUACAGUACCGGUGUCUGCUGGAGUUGGUAAUCGACCUUGAUUUAUUAAUCAACUAGUCUAGCAUGAGCCAAUCCGCUUCCCGCUUCACUUGCAAGUAGCUAGUAUGCCAGUGUAUUACACAGACUACAAAACAAGAUGUAUAAACUAUUGGAAAGGUAAAACAAACAAAAUUGGGAAAUGUAUAAGUGGCAAUUGUUAGUGAUAAAUCAUUUCUCAGAUUUGAAUUUUUCUAACCCAACAUGACUAGUGUUAAGUGCACUCGAUGCCCUAUAAAAUACCUCAUCCCCUAGCCGGUUUUUUUUGGUUCCAAGAGCCUUUUUACGCAUGCAACAGAAAAGUGUAGAAGAAUUGCAACUUUUUGGUUGAAAUUUGUAUUUACUUAGUGUAAUAAUAUAAAAACAUCACAUCGGCUUAAAAAGAUUCUUAAAACGUCAUUCAUUAUUCUUCCGAAAGGUAGUUUCCGAAUUUUACUUCUCAGAGCGUUCCCACUUGUUUGCUGUCGGGCCCGGAUUUUAAUCAGAUGUUCCAGUGGCAGAGCAUUUUAUGUGAAGUUAUUCACACUUGUCUAAAACCGAUUUUGUGUCGGCACCUACAAGAUGUGUCGGGUGUUUUGCCAGCCCUCUUCGCCCGGAAAAAAUCGUGUUGGAUCUCGCUCGCCUAUGAGUAAGUAUGACGAUGUUCACAUUUGUCGGAUGUUGGGACCGACAAUCCGCUACCCGCUACCCCUUGUUUUUUCUUCGAGGAUUGGGUGCACCCAAUAUUUUCUUUCUUUAGUUGUCUUUAUUCGUUCUCUUCUCAAAUAGUAUAUCACAACAAGAACUUCGUCGACGUCUAUCGCGCACAGUCGCCUCGCCUAGUAUAAAAAUUGGCACCAGCUUCGACCGUGGCCGACAACCGAUUAGUUUGAACGGGCUGUCACACAUUAAAUGUUAACUUUGUUUAACAACUAUUUUCACACAGAUCUACUCACAUCCAAAUACGAGUAUAUGAAUAUUUCAUGUGACUCGGGUACCAUAAUGAUGGUCAUAGGUAUAAUUCUUGCAUACUAUGUCAGGAGCGUCGGAAGUCAAGGUCCAUAGUCUCUGCCUACCCCGGAGAGAGACAGGUGUGAUGAUAUGUAUGUAUGUCUCAUAAUUAAUACGUAAUUACUUAUAAUAAAGUAUAUUUUCAAUUUUCAAUUACCAAAAUUUCAAGUCAAAACUCCCAAUGUCAAGAUGUCUUAUUCCAGUUACAACAGCGUUUCUAACCAUUUUCUGUAUCCUGAAUUAUUAAGAGAGUCUGGUACACCUAUAGUCAUUUCUUUGUUUUCCCUAAUAUUUACCACCUUUUAAAAUAAUCAUUGUUAAGCUUAAUGUGUGUUGCCUAAAAAUAAAGCUCUGUGUUGCCAGAAUUCAAUUUCGGCAAUUCAUUAGUAAAUUGCACAAAGUAUGUUAAUUUUACAGUUUCAGGUCGUUAAAUUCAGUGUUUUAAAAUGUUGCGGUAUUAUAUAAAGACUUAGUUUGCUAUUCAUAGAACGGACUUUGAUUUCGACUAAAGUGGCGAUCUAAACAAACUUUUCGUGAUUACGAAACCAACUUACCUAAAGUUUGAGUUCGUAAUUUCUUGUUCAAAUUUACGCAAAGUUCGUUUUAUAAACACGAGAAACUUGCUUAGAUCGAAGUCAAAGUUGGUUUUGUAAAUGUCAGACUAUGGGUCGUUAACGACUCCGUGAAAGUUAAUUUCAAAAAUACUGAAGUCACAAUUUCAAGGACAGGACAAUGGAACUUGCUUAUAUUUCAUCGCAAAUAUAAAACAAUAUUAUUUACACACAUACAGCUUCUUAGACAAAUAGUGUGCUAUGUAAAGUCGUAUAGUUUUUAGGUUAAUUGUGACAAAAUAGCAGUAAACUAUUUUGUGAAAUUUCGUUUAUCAAUAUUGGAGAUAUCACAUUAAGCGACUCAGUUAUCCUUUUUGUAGAUAGCGUUGUCAUUGUACUGUUUUAAAACACUAUAGGCCUUUUUUUAGAACGAAGGUCGGAAUGCUUAAAAUUCAAUUAUUGUUUUUAUUAACGCUCGUA